ACCAUGACCAGUCCCCAGCCCACCAUAGAAGGAGGAGUUCCUGAAGUUGAGAUCAUCUCCCAACAAGUGGAAGAAGAAACCAAAAGCAUGGCUCCGGUCCAGCUGGUGAACUUGGCCUAUCGAGACUUGCCCCUGGCUGCCCUGGACCUCUCUGCUGCCGGCUCCCAGCUCUUAUCCAACCUGGACGAGGAAUUCCAAAGGGAAGGGUCCAACUGGCUGAAGCCAUGCUGUGGAAGACGGGCCUCGGUAUGGCAGGUAUUUUUACUGAGCGCAAGUCUCAACAGCUUCCUGGUAGCCUGUGUGAUAUUGGUGGUGAUCCUCCUGACGCUGGAACUGCUAAUAGACAUAAAGGCUCUCCAGUUUUCAAACUCAUCCCAGUUUGCUGGAGUCAGUCACUGGAUCAGCCUGGUCAUUCUGUCUGUGUUCUUCUCAGAGACAAUCCUACGCAUUGUGGUCCUUGGGAUCUGGGAUUAUAUCGAGAACAAAAUAGAGGUGUUUGAUGGGGCUGUGAUCAUCUUGUCCUUGGCCCCCAUGGUAGCAUCCACCGUUGCCAAUGGCCCCAGCAGCCCAUGGGACGCCAUCAGCCUGAUCAUCACCCUCCGAAUAUGGAGAGUAAAGAGAAUCAUCGAUGGUAACUUAUGUCUGCCGGUGAAGGUGGAACUGGAGAUGGUCAUUCAGCAGUACGAGAAAGCCAAGGUCAAUCAGGAUGAACAGCUGGAGAGGCUAACACAGAUUUGCCAGGAGCAAGGGGGUAAUGCACCUGGGUUUGAGAUCCGGCAGCUGAGGGCCCACCUGGCGCAACAGGACCUAGACCUGGCGGCCGAACGAGAGGCCGCUUUACAAGCGCCCCACGUCCUCAACCCGCAGAGCAGUGCACGGUACAAGGUGGUGGACACAGGAGACUCGGACGAUGAGACCACAGAGAACAUCACAGAGUUGCGGCCCCCUCACGAAGCCAUGAAGGAUGACAUGAAUAGCUACAUCAGGCAGUAUCACAAUGAGCCGAGCAGUGACAGCGGAGUUCCUGAGCCCGCCAUCUGUGUGAUCACCACGGCCGCCAUCGAUAUCCACCACCCUGACACCUCCUCUGACCGAUUUACAGUGGACAUGCCCCUGAAACUGGGCGGCAAUGGGACUUGUGCCAGCAUCACAUCCGGGAGCAUGUCCUGCUCCAUGGGCAGCUCCGUCACAUGGGCCCAGAGCGACAGCAGUCAGACCUUGGGCUCCACAGACUUCAGCACGACCCGGGAUGAGUCGUCAGAGCUCUGCCCCUUGGAGCAGGUGGGGACCCUGCCCCCGGCCAAACCCUCCCAGCCCCAGGUCAACAGCACUGUGGUCCAGGAACUGCUCUCCUCCUUAUCGGAGGAUUCCUGCUUAGCGCAGAAAGGUUUGGACCUCGUUAAUCUGAGAAGGCCCAGCCCAGCCAGUUCUGCCCUGACCAGCCCAGAGGUGGAACACAGGGUGAAGAUGUACAACGAGAAGAACCAGGAAGGCUUCGCCGUCUUUCAGAUCAAGCCGGUCAUCCACGUUCAGCCAAACCCCGCCACAUUGGAAGAGAAGUACAAGUCUUUGGGAUCCAAAGAGCAGAAGUUGAACCGGAUCCCAGAGUCCUGAUGCGCUUUGAAGUGGGGUCGGGGAGGCAGGUGUGGGCAGUGGGGAGGGACUUGAGGAAAAAGGGAGGGGGGAGGAUGGGAGACAAUCACCUCACAGCUUUACAGGGACCAUCACCAGCGGGACGCAGAAGCGGGGGGCCUGAGGACAAACCCACUCUUCCUCCAGAAGCAUGCACCCCGAGAACAGCACAAAUCCAUUCUAUUUCCAAAGGUCCAUCCACUAACCCUUUGGCAAAGGCACAGCGCUCUACAGUGACUUCCCAAGAGGUUCAGGCUCUUCAGACUUCACUCGAGGCCUGGGAGGCAGGAAGGGUGGACUUGGGUGGGGGGUGGGAGUCAGCCAGGUGAUGGCGGUUGUUUUUUUAAAAGUCAUUUUUACAAAGACUGUUGACCCUAACGCCAGGGUCUGGCUUUAGCAGGGGAGAGGACAGCUGAGUGUCAAAUUCUCUUUCUCUGAUUUCUUACAUUUUCUUUGUACACAACAGCUCUAAACAAACCCCUUUGUACCAAUAGUGUGGCUGGCUUUUAUUUAUUUUACCU